AUGAGCAACAGUGCUGAAAGUUCAGCAUAUAUUCAAGAUAGCGACGCUGAUGACCAUGGAGACACACACAGCCACAAAGAAGAGGCUCCUCAAACUAAAUGUGCAAAAGUUGGCAAACCAGCGCAUCCAAUUUGGAGCAUUGCCUUCGACGAUCGGGAGGCUUAUUCACUGCGAAGUCCAAACAACGCUGCAUGCAAGCAUUGCAAACAGUCUUUUCGACACCACCACAAAACGUUCGUAGUUGAAAGGCACCUCCGCAAAUGCAGGCCUUUUAUGAACCUGAUGUUGAACAAGCCUGUAAGUGAACGCCCGGACUGGUGGAAUAAAACCAAGACAACUGAUAAACCGAGGGUGACCGCCUCUACAAGUUCCUCAGCGAGAUUGCAGUCGGUAAGAUCGUUUGCCAUCCCACAUUUUACUGCCGGUGAGCAGAAAAAAUUCAACCUUGAGAUGACUAUGCAUUUUUAUUGUACCGGUACAAGCUUCAUGCGAAUCUAAGAUCCCCAUCUUCUUCAAGCCAUUCAGUUGGCACGGCCUGGUGCACAGUUGCCGACGUGGAAGCAGUUAGCAGACGACAGUAGUAGCAGUUUGCUCGAGAUGUGCUACAGUAACACAAAAGAAAAUGUGAAGAAACUGUUAUCCACCAAGAGCAAAUACAUCUCCAUCACGAGCGACGCAUGGUCUAGCAUUCUAAACGAGCGAAUUGUAAAUUACAUGGCCGUCAGCCCGACUUGUUCACUAUUCCUGGAAGCUGUGCAUACUGAAGAGCUGUCACACAAUGCAGAUUGGCUCACAGCAGAUUUAGUUACAUGUUGGGGUACGAUGCAGGGUUGCUUUAAAUCUUUAUGGGUGACGGACACAGUUUUGAAUGCUUCGGUGUUCGAGCAUAGUUUUGUCUCAAAGGGUAACGCAAACCAGCAGCAGAAACGAGCCUCGGUGAAGGAGAUUAUCACCGAUUCUAAUUUUGUGACAAAGCUCGACAAAUGCAUCAAGAUCCUCGAAGCGAUGCAGAACCUUGCUCCGACGUCUACAAGACAUUCCUUGACAUGGAAGACAAAAUGUGUAAUUUGCCCUACACAGACAACGAGAAGUCCUACCUGGCCGAAUUAGUCAAAAAUCGUUUUGAAUUUAUGUACGGGGAUGCACAUGGUGUGUGCUACCUCCUAGAUCCUCAAUACUUAGGUGAUAAAAUGCAGCGUAACAUUCACAUCAAGAUCGAAGAUUUCAUCUUCAACUUCCCAAAGGAAGAGGGCAACACAUCCGCAGCGAGAAGAGAUCAAUUGGCACAAGAGUACACAUCAUUUCGCAUCGAAGAAGUCAGCGAAAGAGAGCAGGACACAUUCCGCUUCCAGAUGAUUGGCAACUCGAAGUCGGUGUUGCAAUGGUGGAUGGCUGAUGGCACAGAUAGGCCGUUGUUGCAGAAUCUUGCUAUUCGAGUGUUUUCAAUGGCAGCGUCAGCCGCAGCAUAG